AGCUCUGCCCACAGAGUGACACAACAACCUGCCGCUACGCUAAGGUGUGUUUGGAUGAUGCUGUGAGCAUUGAUGAUGCUGUGAGCAUUGUUCUAAGUUGUAUUUUUUAACGGCUUCAUUGUGUUUUUGUGCUUCACUUCUAUCAUCAAUCUCUGAAAUGUCAUCCAGAAAUCAGAAUAACACCACAGCUGGGCUGCAGGACGACAGGCUGCUGGGGAUUGUAUUGUUGUCCAUUGUGACCACGCUGCCAUGCUGUGUGUUUCUCUACAUUAACGGGAUGAUGUUGUUCACUCUGAGGAGUAAAGCUGUGUUUUGUGAGACUGCUCGCUACAUUCUGCUGUAUAACCUGUUGUUUGCUGAAACUGUACAGCUGGUUGUGAGUCAGGUUCUGUUCCUGUUGGCUGCAGAUAGAGUCGUAAUGACGUAUCCUCUAUGUGGAUUUCUCACUCAGCUCGCUGCUUUCACCACUACGAUCGCUCCUCUCACUCUGGUGGUGAUGUCUGUGGAGAGAUAUGUUGCUGUGUGUUACCCACUGAGACAUGCUGGUAUCGUCACUGUCAGAAACACAGAUGUGGCAAUCAUUUUGAUUUGGAUGUUUUCUUUUCUGAAUGUUCUCAUUCGACUUCUUCUGCUGUUAGAGCUUCCUUUUGACAACCUGCUGAAUCUACAGGUCAAAGGAAUGUGUUCGCGCAUAAACAUAUUUGUUGGACCAAUAUCUGAUGCUUAUAACAAAGCCUUCACAUGUUUUGUGUUCACAUCAGCUGGUGUGGCAAUCAUUUCCUCCUAUAUUGGUGUUGCAGCAGCAGCCAGGUCGGCCUCUGCAGACAAAGCUUCAGCCCAUAAGGCUCGAAACACACUGCUGCUGCAUCUGGUGCAGUUUGGACUCAAUCUCUCCUCUAUCAUUUACUUUCCACUGCUCAUGACUCUGUCAACAGUAGUGACCAGGGCUGUGCUUGUACACAUCCAAAAUAUUUUUUAUUUGUUUAUUUUGAUUGUGCCCAAAUGUCUGAGUCCACUCAUCUACGGCCUCAGAGAUCAGAGCAUCAGGCCCGUCCUCAUGUUCUACCUCUGCUGCCGACUGAGACUCUCAGUUGUCGUAGUAAAGUCUGACGUCUCAUCCUUGGCUUGCAUGUAAAUGGACAAAGCUUUAUAUGUGCCUUUAAAUGUGGUAUAAAUUGUAAACAAUGUCCUAAAGCUUUCAAAUCCUUGAUAUAGAUUGAAAGCUUCUGAAUGAGCUUCACAAAUAUUACGUUGUUUUGAGAAUGACGUUGUGUAGUUUUGUCAGUCUGUCUUAAACCCUCUGCAACAGUAAAACCCUGUCACAACAAAGUAUUAUUGUUCUUACUCAGAUUAUAUUAUUUGUGAUUGUUGCAUACAGUAAUACAUGUCAUGACUCUGUUCUCUCCAGCACAGAUGUGAUAUUUGAGAUUAUCCUGUUUAAGUGGCCGUGUUGAGUUGUGAAGAUUAUCUGCUGCUCUCUGACCAAAACAAACUCUUUCUGGUUCUUUGUCCUAUGUAGCGUCACCCACCUCAUCUAAAAUACACCUUUAAGCUCCGUCUCACCUUUCACUGGAUUUUUUUUCCG